GGGCUGUGAGCGUGGGCUCGCUCUGUCCCGCUCAGCCGCCCUUGUCCCCGCAGCGAUGGCGGCCAUCAGGAAGAAGCUGGUGAUCGUGGGGGACGGGGCCUGCGGCAAGACGUGUCUGCUGAUCGUGUUCAGCAAGGACCAGUUCCCCGAGGUGUACGUGCCCACCGUGUUUGAGAACUACAUUGCCGACAUAGAGGUGGACGGGAAGCAGGUGGAGCUGGCCCUGUGGGACACGGCAGGACAGGAGGACUACGACAGGCUGCGGCCCCUCUCCUACCCGGACACGGACGUUAUCCUCAUGUGCUUUUCUAUUGACAGCCCGGAUAGCCUCGAGAACAUCCCCGAGAAGUGGACGCCCGAGGUGAAGCACUUCUGCCCCAACGUGCCCAUCAUCCUGGUGGGGAACAAGAAGGACCUGCGGAACGACGAGCACACGCGGCGGGAGCUGGCGAAGAUGAAGCAGGGGAGACCAGACCUGG